CCAACCUGGACAUUCCAGAAGAGGCCAGGGAGGAUCUGAGAUGGCCUUCUUCAACUUGUAUCUAUUGGGAUAUCAAAAUUCCUUUCGGAACAAGAAAAGGAACGCAACUGAAGAAACAAACCAGAAGGAAUCAGAGCCUACUAGGCUUCCCCCCAUUAUCUCAAAAGAUGGGAAUUAUUCCGUGCACCAGAAUAGCCACACCAGAUACCACGAAGCUGUCCGGAAGGUGUUGUUGAAGACAUUUCCCAAUCAGGUCUUCAGAAUUCCCUUGACUGAUGCUCAGAACUUCAGCUUCUGGCAGUCCCAUGAUCCAGGAGUGCAUCCAGAGGAAACCAUGCCAUGGAUCCGGAGCCCACGCCACUGUCUCAUAAAAAGCGCGAUGACCAGGUUUAUGGAUCACUCUAUUCUCAAUGACAGAACCUUCAGUCUGUAUUAAGAAGAUAUGGCUGCAGAAAGACAAGAUGAAUUGUGGCAAGAGUACAAAGAGGGGGGAAAGAAGGAGGUUUCCCAGUUCUGAUGGCUGACUAAUGGGAGGAGGAGAUGGAGAAAGCAGAGUACACAGAUUGGACUAAAA